AUGUCCUACAAAGCGCUCGUUGCCGACGACCGUGCCGAGCUCGCGGUAGUGGAAAGCAGCCCCGACUACCAGCUGAACGAUGGGGAAGUUCUCAUACAGAAUAUAUUCUCAGGCGUCAACCCUGCGGAUAUAAAGCACAGCACUCUCUUAGGUAUUGUCGAUACUGUGAUCGGAUACGACUUCUGCGGCCGCGUUACGAGAACCAACCGCCAAUCCACACUCAACAUUGGAGAUCUCGUUGCAGGAUACACUCCAAGCGGAGUGGGCAGAGACAGCAAAUUUGGGACACACCAGGCAUUUCUGGUCUGUCCAGAAAACAUGCUUUUCAAAGUCCCACAGCAUCUUCCUCACGAGGACGCAGCAUGCCUGACCGUUGUCGCAAUGACAGCGGCAGAUGCUAUGUACAAUCUGUUUGAUUUGCCGCUCCCUGCGCCUCUCAACGGAGGCGAUUUCCGUGGCGCGGCGGGCCCCUUGCUUAUUUGGGGUGCCUCGUCCAGCGUGGGUUUAUGUGCUAUUCAAUUUGCCGCUGCAAGCGGCUGUUAUCCGAUCUUCGUGACAGCAUCUGCUGCUCGCCAUGAGGUCCUCAAGGAAUUAGGAGCAACGCACUUGUUUGACUACUCAUCGCCAACUGUUCUUGAUGAAAUCCGCCAAGAGCUGGAGAGACUCCAAACUGGUCCUAUCCAGUACGCCAUUGACGCUGUUGGGGUGGACCCGAAUCCGCUGGCAGUAGACGGCGCUGAAUCUAUCUUGUCGCCAAACGCGAAGCUUCUUUCCGUGGUGGUACGGCGCGAUGCGAGGUUCCAGAUGCCUAUUGCGACCCCCCAUCAAGACUUUCGCAUCCAACCCCCUGGUGUUCCACAUGUAAUCAAUAUCCCAGGAAAGCCAGAAGCGCGACAAAAGGCCUGGGCUGCACUACUGUGGGCAAUUGAUAAUUACGGACAAUCAUUCAGAUUACCCUCUGUUGAGAUAUUUAGAGGUUCAGGAGAAGAGGCAUUGGCAGAGCUUCGGAAGGUAGCAAGUGGAAAUCGGGGCUAUGGCAAGCUAGUGAUUCCGCAGCCACUAAAGUGA